AUGUCUCACAUAAAAUCUCCGGAUAUUCCGAUUGACCAGUUAUCCCUCAAUGAGGGCGUGGACUUGCUCCACGACAUCCCCCAGGACUCGUCCCCAUUGCUCACCCACAGGUACGAACAGUGGAGCUCAAUUCUCCUCAAGUACCAGAAUUUUGUAGACGGCUACCAGAGCCUUGCAGCACUGACCGUCAAGCAUUUGGAGAAGGUGAGCAAGCAGUUGAUGCUUGACACGCAGUUGCCCCAUUUCGAUGACGCCACGCAAAUUUCCAGCGUACAGGCGGACCUGAAAGCAAACGCUGCCACCGCAACCACCCAUAACCCCACUGCUGUUGAGGAUGGCAUUCACGGUUUCUUUGAAUCCUUAAAGCGGAUGACUUCUGAAAAUUUGUUGAAAGCUACAGAGUUUGAAAACAACAUCCAGACCCAGGUGUUGCCUGAGAUCAAGACGCUCAUUGUGGACAUUGCAAACAAAAAAAAGCAGUAUCAGAGCGACGCCAACAAGCAAGCCAAGGAGUUGCAGCGGUUGGUGCUUGCCACCACCAAGGAUGUGAGCAAGUUGCAAGAGUCGGUGCGCAUGUACGAAGCCUCCCGGACUCAGGCAGUCAAAAUCGACUUCCGGUCGGAUCCGUACAUCGUCAAACGGCUGAUCAUGCACGACGCCAAUAUGCAGAUCAAGCAGGAAAACGUCAAUGUUGAGAAUUCUGUUAACGAUGAGUUAAAUUUUGAGGUAUUUGAAAAAAACAUCAUCGCGACGCUAAAGAAAAAUUUCCAGUUGUUAAGUAGCUACAAUACGGAGUUUUUCCAGACCACCAUGGCUGGCGGUAUGACUGCCGCCAACGAGGAUUUUGCAGCCAUGUCCGACAUGUUCGAAUGGGGGCGCUUCCAGGAGCACCACCAGAAUGAACUCUUGUCGAACAAGGACAACACCCACGCAGGCGCGAACACUAAGAAGAACCUCGAUAUGGUGGCGUUUGCGAACCAGAACCACGUAUCUACCGAGCCCAUCUUGGAGGGCUUGUUGCUCCGAAAGGACCGUAAUCCCGUCAAGAACAUUGGCAAGACUGCGUAUAUCUCUGGCUACUACGUCAUCUCCAAGUCCAAGUACUUGUUUGAGUACAGCUCAAACUCUGAGACUGAUGCCUCGCCGCAACCCAAUGCCACGUACUUCUUGCCCGACUGUAAGUUGUCGCACUAUGUGCCCAAGAAGAGCGAGACGGGCAAGCCUGUGCGCCGGCGCAAGUUUGUGUUGGAAGGCAAGGACUCGACGUCGUUUGUGUCUAGCAUCAUGGCGCACAAGAAGCUGUUAGUGUUGAAGGCCUCCAACGAAGAGGAUAUGCUUAUCUGGUUCAACAUCUUGAGCGAGGCUACUGGCUUGAUGAUGAGCGCCGAGGAGGAGCGCUCACACGUGGUUCAUCCUACCUCUCCUGCUACUGACGCCGUGGGAAAUCUCAGCAGCGUGUUGAGCGACUCAACCUCUGCGUCUCCGGUCACACCAUAA